AUAAAAAAAAAGUACGUGUAAAAAAUAAGUAAAUAAUAGGUUAAUUGGGAAAUAUAUCAAAUUGCUGACUAAUGCAGAAGGAUUAUAGAGAUGAGAUAGAAAAGCGUGUGGACCCACCCGGACUGCACGGAGACAGAAUAUUCAGUUUUCUUCUCAGAAAGAAUCCAAUCUCUCUGUCUUGUCUGAAACGACUUCCGUCUCCUUCCACCAUUCUUCUCUUUCUUCUUCUUCUUCUUCUUCACUUAACCAGUGUUCCAGAUCUGUGAAGAACAUCUUCGAAAAUUUCAGCAGAAUGAAGGCUCUUAUUCUAGUUGGAGGAUUUGGAACUCGAUUGAGACCGCUUACAUUCAGCAUGCCGAAACCCCUUGUUGAUUUUGGUAACAAGCCCAUGAUUUUGCAUCAGAUUGAAGCACUAAAAGCUGCUGGUGUUACUGAAGUUGUAUUAGCUAUCAACCACCAACAACCAGAGGUCAUGUUGAAUUUUGUGAAAGAAUAUGAGAAGAAGCUUGAUAUGAAGAUCACCUUCUCUCAAGAAACCGAACCCCUCGGGACAGCAGGGCCACUCGCCUUGGCUCGGGACAAGCUUAUCGACGAAUCAGGCAAACCCUUUUUCGUGCUCAACAGCGAUGUUAUCUGCGAAUAUCCACUCCUCGAGAUGAUCCAAUUCCACAAGAACCACGGCGCUGAAGCUUCCAUCAUGGUGACCAAAGUAGAAGAUCCUUCAAAGUACGGUGUGGUGGUUAUGGAGAAAGAAGAAGCAAGAGUCGAAAGUUUCGUCGAGAAACCAAAACAUUUUGUCGGGGACAAGAUCAACGCUGGGAUAUACCUCUUGAACCCGUCUGUGCUCGACAGGAUCGAGCUCAGACGGACGUCGAUAGAGAAAGAGAUAUUCCCCAAGAUCGCUUCGGAGAAGAAGCUUUACGCCAUGGUGCUACCAGGUUUCUGGAUGGACAUUGGUCAGCCGAAAGAUUAUUUGACAGGGCAGAGAAUGUACCUCAACUAUCUGAGAAAGAAUGCGCCUGGGGAGCUUUUAGUGACGUCGGGAGAUGGAGUGAUCGGGAACGUUAUGGCGGAUGAGACCGCGGUGAUAGGGGAGCGAUGCUUGAUAGGACCUGACGUGGUGAUUGGUGCAGGAUGCGUGAUUGAACCUGGUGUGAGGUUGUUUGGUUGCACUGUGAUGAGAGGUGUGAGGAUCAAGGAGCAUGCUUGUGUGUCUGAUAGUAUCGUGGGGUGGGACUCGACCGUUGGAAGUUGGGCUCGUGUUGCUGACGUGACGGUUCUCGGGAAAGAUGUUCAGGUUGCGGAUGCAGAGGUUUUACAAAUGUCUGCGAAACCAGAGAUCAUACAGAAAGUAUGAUCCUCAUAUGUUAUUUACUUAAAUAUUAGGUUGAUCAACUUCCUCAUUCGGUUAACUUUCUUUUGAAUGCAUUCCCUUGGUCGAACUUCGAAUGACAAAAUGAAUUUGAGUGCAACAUAUUUGUUAUCUACUCUAUAUCCAAUUGAGUA